AUGGAUGAGGUCAUCGAUGACAUCAUCAGCAUGCAGUCGAGCUAUGAUGACAUCCAGCAGUAUAUUGACCCUCUUCAGAUGUCCAACACCGUAAGUAUUAUACCAUACAGUCACUACAUACCUAUAGAACAGGAUUUUCAACCUGGGUGGGAUUGUCAAGGAUUGAACACUUUUGAACUGGGGGCGGCAGGUAGCUUAGUGGGUAAGAGCUUUGUGCCAGUAACCGAAAGGUCGCUGGUUCUAGUCCCCGAGCCGAAUAGGUGAAAAAUCUGUCUGUGCCCUUUAAGCAAGGCACUUAACCCUAAUUGCUCCUGUAAGUCGCUCUGGAUAAGAGCGUCUGCUUAAAUGACUAAAAUUUUAAAUUUAAAAAUGUUGAAAUGCUUACGCAAGGGAUUAGGUGGAUUACGUGAAUGGGAGUUGAUAUAGGUAGAUAAGACUUAUAUAUUAGGGCAGUUCCCGGUAACUGAGUGACACAGACUCAGAUCUUUCACUUUAAAAUGCAUGUCAAACAAAAACCAAUGAUUGCAAAGUCAAACAAACCAUACAACUCUAUGCACAAUGACUACUUUUAACAAUUUCCACUGAAGAUUUCACAAAAACACAUUAACGUGAAGAACAGUGCUUAUGCAAAGUUUGGUAACAGAAUGACGUCACAAACAGCACAAACCGUCAUGCUUUGCAUCUGCACUGUUAUUUAAGAAAAUGUGUAUUUGUAAAAUGCUAAGUGGAAAUUGUUAAAAGUGGUCCUUGUGCGUAGAAUUGUAUGGUUUGUUUAACAUUGCAAUCAUUUAUUUUAGUUUGACAUACAUUUUAAUGUGAAAUAUCUAAGUUUGUGUCGCUCUGUUACCCUUCUCUCAACCCCUCUCUGUCCCUAUCUACCUCUCUAACCCCUGUCUUACCCCCCUCUUGUCUAUUUUGGUCCACGUCUGCCCCUCCCUGUGUGAGUCAAUGGGGUGAUUAUGCCGACUCAUCAGGACUGAGGCUGUGACUGGGCUCUGAGGGGAGAAAGAGACUCCUUGUUCCGUUUAACAGAAUCCCUCCAUCUUUAGCUACAGGCUCCUCUGUGUGUUUGUGUCCCAUCUUAAAACUACUGUUGCUGUUUUGCUACUGUUGUUGUUGCUGCUGUUGCAUGAAACUUCCCAAACUUAAAAUGGACGAUAUUUGAUGUUGGCCACGGGGCAUUGGGCCUGUGGCUGUUUGUUCCUCAGUGUUUAAUGAAUAACUGCUGAUCUAUAGUGGCUUCAAUCAGCUGUCUGCUGCUGCUGCUGCCUUCCCACCCCAGGGGAAACCUUCAGUUGGCUUAAAGGAAUCUAAGUAUUUAAUUGAUUUAAAUUAUUGACGUGAAGUGCUGCGGUUUCAGAGACCGAGAGAGGGAGAGGCAUUCCUAGUCCUAAAAAAGGCAGUGGUCCAAGAGUGUCCAUCUUAGAGCAGAAGCACAGAGCUCUGUGUUUAAAGGAAUGGCUCCGAAUUAACAAUUAAACUACCACCAGUUAGAGUUCAACUUGUUUACAAGGCAUUCGGAAAGGGAGGAGGAGGGAAGGAGAGGCACAGGAGAGGUGGAGGAGAGGAGAAGGAGGAGGGGAAUGGGGGAUGAGGGUAAUUUGUGAGAGGGAAAAACAGGCUGAAAGUCCAGUUAGGGGAAAGUUCACUUAAGUGGUGUGGAGAGGUAGAACAGAGAGGGAUUUGGUGAGACGGAGGUUAGUCUCUGCGGGCUGGAGUGAGUGAGCAAGUAAGUGUUAGCGAGAGAGAGUGUGUAAGAGAGAGAGAGAGCGCACAGGCCCACAGAAGGAAGGAUGAAGGAGAUGAAUAAGACUUAUGCCAUCGUGGAGAUGAUAGACGGGGAACAGAUCCAACUGGUAAGAAUCUGCAUUUUUGUGAUCUAUGUGUGGCUGGAGGUAUAAGGUUUGUGUGUUUGUCCGCCCAUCUUGGUCAGUAUUGAGGCAGGCUAGUUAGGAGAGUUAUGCCCCCCUGCAACCCCCUCUGGAAUGGUGAGGGCUGGGGCUGGAGCCGGGGCAGGGGGGUCAGCUCUAACUCCCAGCCUCAGGUCUCUGAUUAGGGGAUGAGCCUUGCCCUCGGGCCCCUGGGGCUGGUGCUGCAGGCUGGAGGCUGAAAGGGAGCAGCUCUUUGAUAUGGGAGCGGUUGAGCUGAGCCCUACCACUGUGGGCAAACUUCCAGUGAGGGACACGCUCGGCCAUAAGAGAUAAAACACCAUAGGAUGUUAACUGUCCACCGUGAAGGUCGCUGCUGGCCUCUCCCCUGUCUCCCUUCUUUGGCCCAGCUCCCUCUCCCUCUCACUGUGUGCACAAUGCAUCUGAGUGGAAUAGAAUGUCAUUCUCUGGGUGUAUCUCUUGGUCCUCAUGCUUCAGUUGAUUGGCUCUUGAUUACUCAGUUGUGUGUGUGAUACUCAAUCUCAUAGUCAUUGAUUAGAUUAAGUUAUUUGGCUAUUGAUUGGCUCUCAGGGAGUUAAGUUGAGCCGUAUGGAAUUCUGAUUUGCAUGCAGGGACAGUGGUAUAGUGUGUGUAUGAUAGUGGCUCCGUGCAUGGAUGCAGCUCUCUGUAGGGAGUAUUGAUGGUGGUUGCUACCUGAUGCCCAGUGUGGCCUAUAGUGGGAGUGCUGAAUAGAUUGAUAAUACAUGUGGCCUCUGAAUGUGCUGCUGGCUUACCGUCCUACUGGAAUCUCCUUUGAUCUGCGCCGGUAUAUGUCUUCUGUUGUCUCCUCUUGUCUCCUGUCAUUGAUGGUGUCUCUCUGAGUUUCACCUCUGCUCUGUCUCUGUUCUUGCUUGUGCUCUCGUCUAUUCAGCCAUGUCUCUGAUCUCGGAGUGCUCAUCUGUCUCUGGGUCCUGUGCAUGUGUUCAGUCUCUGUGGCUCUUGUUGUCUUGUCUCUCUCUGUCAUGAUGUGCUUGUUUUCAUUGGCUUCUAUUUUCCGCUCUCAUCUGUCUCUGCUGUUCAGUCUCGUUGUCUCCUCUGUCUCUGCCUCUUGUGUGGUCUCUCUCUGCCUCUAGUCUCUGUUUGUGUGUUCUCUCUGUUUCUCUUGUCUCUCUUGCUCUCUGUCUCUCUGUCUCCUCUCUGUCUCUCUGUCUCUGUCUUGUGUGUGUCUCUGUCCUGUCUUGUCUCUGUCUCUGUCUCUUGUCCUCUCUCGUCUGUGUCUCUCCUUUUCUUGUCUUUCUCUGUCCUGUUCUGUCUCUGUUUCUCUCUGUCUCUGUGUUCUCUGUCUCUGUCUCUGUGUUUCUCUCUGUCUCUGUCUCGUUUGUCUCUGUCUGCUCUGUCUCUGUCUCUGUGUGUCUCUGCUUCUCUGUCUCUCUGUCUCUUUGUCUCUGUCUCUCUGUGUCUUCUUCUCUGUGUCUCUGUCUCUGUCUCUCUGUCUCUGUCGUGUGUGUGUGUCUCUGUCUCUCUGUCUCUGUGUGUCUCUCUGUCCUCUGUCUCUCGUCUCGUCUGUUGUGUCUCUCUGUCUCUGUUGUCUCUGUCUCUCUGUGUGUCUCUCUGUGUCUCUGUCUCUGUGUGUGUCUCUCUGUCUCUGUCUCUGUGUGUGUCUCUGUGUGUCUCUCUGUCUCUGUGUGUGUCUCUGUCUGUGUGUCUCUGUCUGUGUCUCUCUGUCUCUGUGUGUGUCUCUCUGUCUCUGUGUGUGUCUCUCUGUCUCUGUGUGUGUGCUCUGUUGAGAUGUGUAUAAUGAGAUCCCUCAGGACUAAUGUUAGUUACCUUACACAUCUCCUCUCUGUUUUGGGAGGUUCUCUCCUCGUUAGCUUUUCUUAAACACUAAGUUUUCCUCCUAAUGAAUAAAACUCAUCUGCUAAUCCGUGACCAGGAUUAUCACGGUAAACUCAGUGGAAUCUGGGAGUUUAAGGAAAGCUUGGGAACGCCGCAGAGAGAAUACCAAGCAUGACUGACCUGGGUCUGAAUAUGUGUGAGAGAGAGUUUGUUAUAAAACUGAUCGUUUCGGUCAUGCUCUCUCUGUGUGAGCGCGUGCAUGUGUGUGAUGGGAAACAGCAAGAGCAGUCAGUGGUUUGAGACUAAAGCAUUCAGGGUGAGAGGAAAGGGUUACACCUAACUUAACUACAUGUCCCUGGUUUGAUAAAGGACAGGAAGACCCUACUGAUGAUGGGAUUUCCUUUUGAUCAGUGUAGAUCUGUUUGCUUGAUGAGGUCUCAAUCCACAUAGCCUGUGGUUUUACUGUGUGUGUGUGUGUGUGUGUGUGACCUGGCUGCUCUUCAGUAGUCUCAGUGAUAAGGUAUCUAGCGCUCUUAUCUGUCAAGCCUCAUUAGUAUUGUAGAAUAGAUAUUCAACCACAUCCUCCAGUUUUUCUAUUAUUGUAAACCAGCACGUUUCAUCACCAAUCCCUCAUCAGGGAGGUUGACUAGUAGUAGCCCAUAAGUUAAACAACCUCUACAGAGGAGGCCGCUAGUCUUCUACACAGAGGCUGGGUUAGAGAGAGGGUCAGAGAAUCAAGCCAUACAGAGAUAAGAGAGAAGGGCUCAUAGUCAAUGAUUGUGUGUCUGUCAGAGCAGAGGCAGUUUUAGAGGCAUUAUUUCCAGGUGUGAUAUUGGCCUGUUAUCUUCUGCUAUCUUCUCUUUACAGCCGGCCACUACACAUGUAACACACUUUGUGUUUAUAAAGUUUUCUCUGGCUCAGAGGGAUAACCAGGAUUACGCACAAUAUGACGCCAUAAAACUCUCUCAUGAGAUACUGACUGCACGUUUCUGUCUAUUCUACUCUCCCUUUCCUCUCUCUCGCUCUGUCUACUCUCUCUCUACUCUCUCUCUCCCUCUGUCUACUCUCUCUCUCCCUCUGUCUACUCUACUCUCUCUCUCGCUCUGUCUACUCUCUCUCUACUCUCUCUCUCCCUCUUCUCCUGUCUCUCUCUCCCUCUGUCUCCUCUCUCUUUCUCUGUCUACUCUCUCUCGUUCUCCCUGUCUCCUCUCGCUCUGUCUACUCUCUCUCCCUCUCCCUCUGUUUCCUCCCUCCCUCUCUCUCCCUCUGUCUCCUGUCUCUCUCGCUCUCUCUUUCUCUCUCUCUCUGAGUUAAUUGAGGGUGAUCUCAGUGGUUUAUGGAAAAAGGUGUUUGGCCUCGACCCUUGAGGUUUCCAACCUUGUUUUUAAGAUGUUCCUAGUUUUUGUUCAUGCAAGGUUUCCUGAAUGUUGUUGUGUAUCAGGCGAUCACCUAACUGCCCUGAAAAUAGGGUAUCUGGUAAGGAUAGUAUACUGUAUCUAACUAUUGUUUCUCCAUCUAAAGGAUGUGCUUGGUGUCAUUGUUUGAACCCGUUCUUCAUUGAACUUGAUGAUAAAUUAAGUGACUAGUAAUUCAUAUAACAUAAUAUAAUAAUAUAAUAUGCCAUUUAGCAGACGCUUUUAUCCAAAGUGACUUACAGUCAUGCGUGCAUAAAUUUGUUUGUGUAUAGGUGGUCCCGGGGAUCGAACCCACUACCUUGGCGUUACAAGCGCCGUGCUCUACCAGCUGAGCUACAGAGGACCACCAUAACCCCUGCUUAACCCUACAAUAUUUUCUAUGAAAAAUGUAUUGAUACUCUUAUUUCCCCUGGAUUCCAAUCUCACAAAGAGAGUCACCCUAAAUAUUCUGUUAUUGAGAUUAUAGAAUGGAAUGCAGGUUGUGGUGCUCAUUCUGAUUUGUGUGUGUUCUCCCCAGCUCCCUCUGUCCAGCAGUCACCUAGACGUGUACACGGGCCCUGGGAUGACCGGUCAAUCCAUCGCCAUGACAAGCAAUUCCUGCCCUGCCAACCUGGCCAUCAAACGAGAGCUGACGGGUAGGACCAAUCACAGCCACACGCACAGCCAUGGCAACCAAUCAGAGACAAGAUUAGACACACAGCAAACAAGCAGAGCAGCUCUGACAUUUACACCUUUCAGACACAUAGCAACCAAUCAUAGACAGACCUGCAGGCCAAAUGUUUUUCCCACCUGGUUUCCCAGGUCUGAAUCAGAUGUUGAGUAAAGAAGGGAAACCACCAGACAAAACCAGAAGGAUUAGAUGGUUCCAAAUCCAUGGUGACCAGGGAUAUAUUUUUCUCCAGAGUUGGGGGACGAUUUAAUGUAAUUUCUGCUGAGUUAGAAUUCAAUUUGUAAAUUAAGCGAUUUAACUCACAAUUAGGGGGAAAUACUGUAUUAAAGCAUAAACUAAAUAUCAAUGAAUUUGGAGUGAGGUUAAAGUGAGCCUCUAACAUGAUCAUCAAACUCGCUAUGACCCCAAACUAUCUCUCUCUCUAUAUAUAUAUAUAUAUAUAUAUAUAUAUAUAUAUAUACAGAAAUCACACUCACUAUACACACUUUGGGGACAGUGUUAGUUCAUUGCUUGUUGUUUUUGUCAAGAUGCAGAAACCCGGGCGAUGGCCAAAGAGAGACAGAAGAAAGACAACCACAACCUGAGUGAGUUUAUCCCCCUCCCCCUCUCUUGCUCUCUCUCUCUCUCCCUCUUUCUCCCUCGCAAAAACACAAGAAUGAGUGUGCACUUUUUCAACAUCCAUCAUUUUUACUACCUCACACUGUUUAAAGUACACCUGCCUCUCUCUCAAAACACACACACAGUGGUUAUUCAGCUGACAGAGGGCAACCCACAGGUAGAUGGUUAACCCACAGCUGUCUGCUGCUCUGGCACUAAAGUCUAAUUGCCUGUGACACUUGUUUUUUUGUGCGUGUGUGGUGGUAGUAGUACUUUGCGGGGCACAAUAAGCUCUAGCCGCCUGGCUCUGUCGGUCUCUCUCUCUCUCUCUCUCUCUCUCACGGUCUCUCUUCUUCUCUGCUCUCAGGUCUCCUCUCUCUCGGUCUCUCUCUCUCUCUCACGGUCUCAUCUCUCUCUCUCACGGAUCUCUCUCUCUCUCACGGUCUCUCUCUCUCUCACGGUCUCUCUCUCUCUCUCACGGUCUCUCUCUCUCUCUCACGGUCUCUCUCUCUCUCUCUCUCUCUCCAACGCUCUCUCUCUCUCCGCUCGCCUCUCCUCUCACAGUGUCUCUCACGCUCUCUCUCUCACAGUGUCUCUCACGCUCUCUCUCUCACAGUGUCUUCUCUCUCUCUCUCACAGUGUCUUCUCUCUCUCUCUCUGUGUCUUCCUCUCUCUCUCUCUCUCUCUCCCUCUCGCCUUCUCUCUCUCUCUCUCUCUCUCUCUCUCUCUCUCUCUCUCUCUCUCUCGGUCGCUCUCUCUCUCUCUCUCGGUCUCUCUCUCUCGGUCUCUCUAACUUCCAAGUUUCUAUCUUUCAAAUUCAGAUUGCUUUAUUGGCAUAAAAUACAAUUUGUAGAUAUUGCCAAAGCUGUAUAGUGGUACAGCAUUUCAGUAAAUACAGUACAAUGCAAUGAGGAUAAUGAAAUACAGUUCAUUUGAAGUUCAUGUAAAUACUUCAAGGAAUUAAUGGUCAUGGGAUGUCCCCCAGGCUAUGGCAAUCAUAUACAUAUCUGGCAGUAAUAUUUGUGGUUUCCCCCUCACCCAGAAUAAUUCCCAGCUUUGUUAUUAGUAAAUGCACAGAAGUUGGGAAUUGAUUGAAGAGAAAAUAUGAUCUUAUUUGGGAGUAUUACUCACAGUAGAGGAAAGGUGCAUCUCUGUAUCUACCUCUCCUGUCGUGCAGUGACUACAGACGCUCCUCUUUGGGUAGCCAUGUCUUUUUGUGUCGUCCUUUUUCUAUAGCCAAUUGGUGUUCGCUGAGCCUGUAUUUGGUCAUGAUCUGUCUCUGUUUUGUAUCUCUGACAGAGUAGAGAUAUUCUGCCAAUGUGUAUUCUCUUUUGAUUUGAGGGCCAAAUAGCAAUUUAGUUUAUUCUAUUUUUGUUUCAUUUUCCCAAUUUGUCAAAUAGGAGGUUUUCAUUUCUGUAACAAUUUCCCUGUGUGUUUUGGUUGUUUUAGUGUUUUUAACAGCUGACAUAAGGGACUCUUUUCAGGGUUCAGCUCUUGGGUUUCUAGUGCUUUGAAUUGUAACGAUGUUUUGGGGCUUAAUUUCAAAUGGUGCCAAAAUUGUUGUCCUUUUCUUUAUAUUUACAAUUAAAGGGAAUUGACCGAGUUCCGCUCUGCGUGCAUUAUUUGGUACUUUCUUUUGGAUAUUAGGAUAAUUCUGCAGAAUUCUGUAUGUAGAUUUUCUAUUGGGUUUUUCUUCCAAUGCUUAUAAUCGUAAUUACAGGUUGCACCCCAAACCUCGCUUCCAUAUAGUGCAAUUGGUAAAAUUACACUAUUGAAUAUUUUGCACCAGAUUUGGAUAGGAAUGUUUGUUUUUAUUUUUAUAGAGUAAAAUGCUUUGCGGGCCUUUUUCUUUUAGUGCAUUAACUUCCAGACCAAAUCCACCAGAGGCACUGAUUUUCAACCAUGGUAUUUCUUAAUUUUAAGGAGUGUCUGCUGCUCUGAUUCCUGGCCCUUUCCUGGAAAAUCAAUUUUUUUGAAAGUUGAUAUUGAUUGCCCAGUUGAUGCUGUAGACCAGGGUUCUUCAAUUCCGGUCCUGGAGGGCCGAAACACCUCUUUUUCAUCCUCUCCUUCUAAUCAGGGGCUAAUUCAGACCUGGGACACCAGGUGAGUGCAAUUAACUACCAGGUAGAAAUAAAAAACACAAGUGUUUCGGCCCUCCAGGACCGGAAUUGAAGAACCCUGCUGUAGACCUUGCUCUGUUGGUGACAGUAGGACAAGGUCAUCUGCGUAGAGCAGGAAUCUGACCUCCUCAUCAUCCGUCUCUCUGUUUAUAACGUCUAAGCUUCUCUCUGUCUCUCGCUCUCUCUCGCUCUCUCUAACCUCCAAGCUUCUUUCUCUCUCUGUGUGUGUCUCCCUGUCUCUGUCUGUUUAUAACCUCCAAGCUUCUCUCUCUUUCUCUCUCUCUCUGUGUCUCUCUCUGUGUCUCUGUCUUUUUAUAACCUCCAAGCUGACGACCACUCAUCUACAUUGUCUUUAUUAGGGCUCUGCUGCAAAGCCAUCAAUAACAGCCAGAGUCUAUAGUCAUCUCAGUCUGUGUGCAUGCGUUUGUGUUCAUGUUAUUGGGUUGUUGAAGGUGGACUGCCUCACAUGAAAUUCCAAAUGCCAUUGUUGCAACACAUUUUCCCAUGUUCUCUUCACCUCCUUUCAUCGUUCCCUCUUUUCCUAUGGUUUAGUUGAGAGGAGGAGGAGGUUCAACAUCAAUGACCGUAUUAAAGAGUUGGGCGGCAUAAUCCCCAAAACCAACGACCUGUAAGUCACCUCACUUCACCGUGUUAAUAUUUGUUGUUCUAGGUCUAUGUGAUAUGUAGGCUUUUUGUAUACGUGUUAGCAGAAUAUGUAUUCUUAUGUGUGCUUCUUCUUGUUUGUGCAACUGAACUAUACUCAUGAGAAAGAAAUGUGAUCAUUCUAACCCUAACAAGAUGUUAAAAAAAACAUUGAAAAUACAUAUUUUUGGUUGAGAAGAGAUUGAAAAGACGUAUUUUCAACAUCUUGUGCUCACUGGGAAAGGUGUUCUUCUGUAAUGUUCUACAGGGACGUGCGCUGGAAUAAGGGCACUAUUCUGAGGGCAUCCGUAGAGUACAUCAAGCGGAUGCAGAAGGACAUGCAGAGGACCAGAGAGGUAGAGAACAACUUCAAGAGGAUGGAGAUGGCCAACAAACAACUGUGGCUGCGCAUUCAGGUAACACACACAUUCAUUCAUUCAUUCAUUCAUGCAACACACUCGGUCACACGCAUACACACAUUCAGGUAAAGAGCAUGUACAGUAUGAGCUCUAGAAUGCCGUGCCAUGCAGUCAGCUGUAUUUAAUCAUCUCUCCCUCUCUUUCCCCUCCCUCUCUCUCCCCCCUCUCUGUUUCUGUAGGAGUUGGAGAUGCAGGCUCGUCUGCACGGCCUCCCCAGCUCCUCUCCCUCUGGGAUGGGUUCUGGGGACCUGAUGGGUUCCUACGUCAAACAGGAGACCAGCCCUGAGGAGAAGCUCCACCAACAGCAGCAGCAGCAGCAGCAGCAGGCCCAGCACCAGGCUCAUGCCCAGGGCCAACAACACCUCCACCACCCUCAGUCCCACCACCUCCAGCCCCAGCAGGGCCAGCCCAGGCAGCUGCCCCCUCUCCCCCCUCACCUCCAGCCCCAGCUACCCCUCCAGUACCCAGCCGUGGGCAGCUCCCAGCCCUUUGACUUUGCCCAGUCGCUGGACUUGUGUGACGGGGUGCCUGGCUACCCGGAGAGCCUGUCAGGGCUAGGGGAGCUCGGCCUUCUGGGUACCCAGGGAAGGAGAGGCGAGCUGGGCUUCCUGAUGAUGGAUGAGCCCCUGUCUCCUCUGGGUGGAGACCCUCUGCUCUCUGCCAUGUCCCCUGAGGCCUCGGUCGACUCCAGCCGCAGAUCCAGCUUCAGCAUAGAGGACACAGAUAUA